UUAUUUAUUAUUUUAAUAAAACGGAAAAAAUGAAAAUAUUUUAUUAAAAAAUGUAUUAAUUUUGAUUAAUAAAGAUACGUUUUAUAAAAUCAACACUAGUAUUUCUUUUUUUUUGCAAUAUAUUUGUUUUGUUAUAAUUGCGCAUUUUUUUGUUUGUAAUAUGAUUGUUCUGUUAUACUUUACACAAAGUUCAAUAUUGACAUUUAUUUUAAUUUUCUUUGAAAUCUGAUAAAAUAUCUGAUAAAAAAAAUAUUCUUAAGAAAGAGGAUUUCACAUUUCAAUCUUAAAUUAAAUAUUAUAUUUUAAAUAAAAAUCAUGGAUUAAAAAAUGUGAUUUUAUACAGAAAAAGAUAACAUUAACAAAAAAGAAAUUUAUCACACAAAUUGUCAGAAUUAGUUUAUUAAUUUAAAUAUUUAAUUUAUUAUAUAAUAUAUUAUAUAUUAUUUAUUAAUUUAUUCACCUAUUUAUUUAAUGUACAAGAGUUAAUAUAUAAUAUAUAAUAGAAUUAAUUCUAUAAUUCUAAUUAUAAUUAACAAUUUUUAAUUAUCAAUUGAAAAUUAUCACGUCGAUCGAAACAAAAUCGUCUAUAUCAAUUGAAAAUUGAUUUUAAGAUCAAUUUGAUUUUAAUUAAUUCGAAUAUUAAAUAAAAUAUUUAUAAGAAAUAAUUUAUAAAAUAGAUAAUCUUUUCAUAAAAAAUAAUGAAAAAUCAGAAGAUCAUUUCACGUUUCAGGGAUUUACCCGUUCCCCUGCGCAGAUAUAUUUAUGUAUGUGUAAUUCAUUUAAACAGAUAUUUAUACAUACGUAAUUCAUCGAACAGUUGUAUAUAAACCGCACGAGCUGUCGCUCAGUCGUCAGACACUUCUCAGUCUAUUUUCGAAUAGUUUGAACAUUUAUUGAAGUUUAACACGUAUUUAGCCAAUAUGAAGAUCUAUUUUAUUGUCGCCUUUCUCUUCAUGGCUAUGGUUGCCAUCAUGGCUGCACCUGUUGAGGAUGAAUUCGAGCCACUUGAGCAUCCUGAGAACGAAGAACGUACCGAUAGACAUAGAAGAGUAACUUGUGACCUUCUCUCAUUCAAAGGACAAGUCAAUGACAGUGCUUGCGCUGCUAACUGUCUUAGUUUGGGUAAAGCUGGAGGUCAUUGCAAGAACGGAGUUUGUAUUUGUCGAAAAACCAGUUUCAAAGAUCUCUGGGACAAACGUUUCGGUUAGUGCCAUUAUGAAGUUUCAACGAUGAAAUUUUUUAACAAAAAAUAUGAAAACGCAAAAUGAAAAAUAAAAAAUUAUAUCAUCAUUGAAAAUUCUAUGAAUUUACUUAUUUAAUAAAUAAUAUAAAUAAAUUA